CACAGCAUCGCUCCUGGCUAUAAGCGUGGCAUCUCUCGCGCCACAGAGUGUUGCCUGUUGGUGGCCUGGCCAGGCGCUGAAAAGGUACUUCGGGAGCAGCGACGCAACCACUGCGCCAUCAGACAUAGGGGCACCGUACAAGGCGAGCGACAUCCUUUACAACACAACCUACGCUUCUACAGAAAACAUGGUGACCACGCUGCAAACGCAAGAAACAACGAAUUUCUCUCUGGAACCUCUCGUGUUGGCUAAUGGAACUGACCCGUUGCCGCCCGGUUCGCGACCAUUCGACAACGAUAGUUUGGUACCGGUCACCUUUGUUCACGCUGAAGCCACCCCCGAGACAACGGAAACUACCACACAGGUGACGAUGAAAGGUUUAGUAACUACGUCCUCCCCACUUCUCUUCGCUUCGGAUGAGAAUUCGGUGCUAGCCUCAGGGACGUUCGGUGACAGCAUGUCUGAGUCAUACACAGAAGAUCAUUCCAUCUCGCAAGAAACUGCCGUCUCCUCUCAGUCUGCUGCGUUAACGACUUCGGGAAGACACAUGACGGACACAACUGUCCCUGCAACGCCACAAAUCCUUGCACCAGAAUCUACGAUUGGUCAUACGUCGGCACUUGCUGAUGAAAUUCAGUUUGACGCUAGCACAAGCGUGACCACUACGGGUCGGCUAGCCACCAUCCCAUAUGUGAAUGAUGACACUUCAGCGCUUUCAAGUGAAGGUAAAAUUGAUACCACCACAAACAUGACCACUAUCGGUCAGCCAGCAAGCGACGCGUAUACGGAUGAUCAUACGUCAGCGCUUGCAAAUGAAGCUACCACAAACCUGGACACUAGCAGUCCCCCAGCUACAGCAUCGACUGGUGACGUUGACACUAAUGCAAGUCUGUUCACUCUUACGACCAGAGAAGCUACGCCCGUUCACCUAAGCCCUGCCGAAGACGCAUCAAAUUUCGUUGCAGACGUAAAAGACGAUGAUGCAAAGCUGACAACUGCGCCUCUUCCCGAUCAAGGUUCAGCUACAAUAACAACCGAAAGUAUGGAUUCCACGAUGUUCUCAUUACAGACUUCUGGCCACGAAGGUCAGUCAACCAGAGAUGGCAACACCGUCGCCAUAGUAAAAAGUUACGCGACGGAAACCAGCACCAGUCAGCCAUCAACCGCCGCGUAUGUGGAUGAUCAUACGCCAGCGCUUGCAUAUGAAACUAUCACAAGCGUGAACACUACCAGUGUGCCAGCUACAGUAUCGACUGGUGACGAUGACACUAUUCCAACUGCGUUCACUGUUACGACCACUGAAGCGGCAGCUAUUCACGCAAGUCCUGCCGAAGACGCAUCAAAUUUGGUUGCAGAUGCGAAUGACGAUGAUACAACGCAGACAACUGCGCCUGUUCCCUAUCAUGGUUCCACUACAAUGGCAACCAAAGUUGUGGAUACCACGGUGUUCUUGUUACAGACGUCUGGUGACGAGGAUCGGUCAACCACGGAUGGCAGCACCGUCGCCACAGUAAAAAGCUCAAGUUACGCGACGGAAACCACUAUCGGUCAGCCAGCAACCGUCUCGUACGUAGAUGAUCAUACGUCAGCGCUUGCAAAUGAAGCUACCACAAAAAUGGACACUACGAGUCCGCCAGUUGUAGCAUCGACUAAUGACAAUGACACUGUUUCAACUUUGUUUUCUCUUACAACCAGUGAAGCUGCACACAUUCACCCAAGUCUUGCUGAAGGCGCGUCAAAUUUGGUUGCAGACGUAAAAAAUGAUGAUGAUUCAAAGCAGACGACUGCUCCCUUUCAAGAUCAGGGUUCAGCUACAAUAACAACCCAAGUUGCGGAUUCCAAGUCUGGCGACGAGGUUCACUCAACCACGGACCGUGACACCGUCGCCACAUUAGAAAACUCAAGUUAUGCGACGGAAACCGCCAUGCUCAAGAUAGCCAGUAUGUCAGCGACUGGCUUGUUGGAUGCUCCCGUAACACGGGAAGGCCUCAAAGUCACAGCCGUUGCUUCAAAUCAAAAUAAUAGUGCUUCGAGCGCAACCGUCGGAGCCUCCUCUGUAACAGAAUCUAUGGAAGACUCGACGACAAUUCCUACGCCGUCACCUACUACUGGCUAUACUGAAGAAAUCGAUCAAUUGACGUCUUCAAGUGCCUCGACGGACACUACUGUAACAGUGAGUUCUAAUGCGGCCGCGUCUCCGGCUGAAAGCACGACGCAAUUGAACUACGCUCCGUCACGCGAGUACGAGACUAACCAAGAGGGCAGCUCGGCUGAAGAACUAAGGACAACUGGUCCGUCAUUCUAUUCGCUGACUAAGGUGCCAGAGCUGCACCACGAAGCCGUCGACGGCCGCUCUACAGCUACCACUCCUACCAGUGCAACCAGGCGGUACAAACCAGCCUACGUGCGUAGGUUUACUCCAUGGGUCAUUACAAGGUCAUCAUCGUCACUAGCCAUCACGAGCUUGAGCUCUCCAACAAGUUCACCGCUAAGGAUUACCCGCCCGCAGGUUGAACAAGACACACUGAAAGCGCAAGAAUCUUCCACGGUCGAGUAUGUACCGAUGACUAGCACAGAUCAUGUGAGGCGGUAUCAGAAGGAUCCAACUUCUAUGCAAGGCAUACCGGUUACGUCAACUGCUCGCGCGAGGAUACCGCCUUCGGAUACCUUGGUGGUUCCAGAAAGCUUCUUUGGAAGCCGCUCACUGUUCAAUCGUUUCGGUCGACCAUACUGUCCUGGAUGUGACGCCCUCCUGAUUAAGUUGCCAGCUCGGUUCAGCGUACCGCUAGUGCCGCCGUAUGUUUAUGGGUAACCGAAGAAUGACUGAUUGGAGUUCAGAAGAUCUCUUAAGUGCUACAAUCAACUGCCGCGAAAGUGUGACCUGUGGCAAGCGUUUAAAAUGUGCAGAACCGUUUGGCGUUCAGAUAAACAUGUGUGCCUUGCGCGUCAUCGCUAAGCGCUCAAACGCAGAAAUAAGGAUUGACUCUGCUGUGCAACAAAUGUGGGACGUGAACUGUUGCUUUAUCAAGCUUUGAAAUCAAUGUAUCGCAUU